AUGGCGCUGUUUUCUGCAGCGGCAAUAGGAGACGUCCAGAAGAUACAAUCAUUAAUCGACUCAGAAGACAAGUCCGAGGAUUCGAUAGGAGUUGAUGUAAACUGCUCGGAUGCAUCUGGCAAGACACCCCUUCACAUUGCUUCGGCAAACGGACAUUUGCAAACGGUUAAAUGCCUAACCAAUCAUGGAGCAAAGGUGAAUGUAAUCGAUGCUAACCUACAGACAUCGGUUCAUUUAUGUUCAAAGAAAGGCCAUCUUCAUGUGGUAGAGCUGUUAGUGAACGAAGGAGCAGAUAUUAAAAUUGGCGACAAAGAUGGGUUUACAGCUCUUCACAUAGCAUCAUUCGAGGGUCAUGUUGACAUUGUCAAAUACCUUGUUAGUAAAGGGGCAGAGCUGGAGAGACUUGCUAAUGAUUAUUGGACACCUCUACACCUUGCAUUAAAUGGUGGCCAUCUUGACCUUGCAGAGUACCUUUUGACAGAAGGAGCCAACAUUAACUCGUGUGGUGAAGGUGGAUGUACAGCUCUACAUGCUGCAUCACAAACUGGUAAUAUUGAUGGAGUGAAAUAUCUUACUAGUCAAGGAGCAGAGCAAGAUAAGAUCACUGAGGAUGGUUGGACCGCGCUUAGUCUGGCUUCAUUUAGGGGACACCUUGACAUUGUCAAAGUUCUCGUUAACGAAGGGGUACAGGUUGACAAAGCACUCAGGAACGGGAUGACACCAUUGUGUCUUGCAACAGAAAAAGGCCAUUUGGGUAUUGUCGAAGUCUUACUGAACGUAGGAGCAAAUAUUGAUGACUGUAACCGAGACGGGCUAACAGCACUCCACAUUGCAGCGUCCAAUGGACACGUUGAAAUAGUGCAUCAUCUCAUUAGCAAAGGGGCACAUCUUGACAAAUGUGACAAAACCGAAAGGACACCCUUGUUUUGUGCUUCUCAAAAAGGCCAUCUUGAAAUCGUCGAGUAUAUCGUGAACAAAGGAGCAGGCAUUGAAAUUGGUAAUAAAGAUGGGUUUACAGCUCUUCACAGUGCAUCCCUCAAGGGUCAUCUUGAUAAUGUCAAAUACCUCGUUAGUAAAGGGUCAGACUUGGGGAGACUUGCUAAUGAUUACUGGACACCUCUACAUCUUGCUUUAGACGGUGGCCGUCUUGACAUUGCAGAGUACCUUUUGACAGAAGGAGCCAACAUUAACACGUGUGGUAAACGUGGAUAUACAGCUCUGCAUACUGCAUCACAAACUGGUAAUAUUGAUGGAGUAAAAUAUCUAACCAGUCAAGGAGCAGAGCUGGAUAGGAGCACUGACGAUGGUUGGACCGCGCUUAGUUUGGCUUCAUUCGGGGGACACCUUGAUAUUGUAAAAGUUUUCGUUAACAAAGGGGUGGAGGUUGACAAAGCACUCAAGAACGGGACAUCAUCCUUGUGUCUUGCAACAGAAAGAGGUCAUCUGGGUAUUGUCGAGGUCUUACUGAACGUAGGAUCAAAUAUUGAUAGCUGUAAUCAAGAUGGGGGUACAGCUCUUCACAACGCAUCAUUCAAGGGUCAUCUUGAUAUUGUCAAAUGCCUUCUUAUGAAAGGGGCACAGCUUAACAAAUGUAACAAAAACGACAGGACACCCUUGUCUUGUGCUUCUCAAGAAGGCCAUCUUGAAGUCGUCGAGUAUAUCGUGAACAAACGAGCAGACAUUGAAAUUGGUGAUAAAGAUGGGUUUACAGCUCUUCACCUAGCAGCAUUCGCGGGUCAUUUUGAUAUUGUCAAAUACCUCGUUAGUAAAGGGGCAGACCUGUGGAGACUUGCUGAUGAUUACUGGACACCUUCAGGCCUUGCUCUUUAUGGUGGCCAUCUGGAUAUACAUGACUUUCUUUUAAAUAGAGAAGCAAGAAAGAUCGUUAAGCCAUUCAUUGGGUUUGAAGAGGACCACUACGACUACCUUCGCAGUACGUUUGGUAGUAAGGCUCUCCCUAGCUUAAUGCCCCGCCCAUACUCCCCAACAUACGAUCCAUAUCUUACCAGUAAACAAGACAGCUCUAGCUCCUCGAGGAAGAGUAUCACAGAAGAGACGAUGAUUAUAAGUCUCGACGAGUACAGCAUCAAGGUUCCACUUUCACCAGACGAUGUGGACAGAGCCAAAUAUAUCACAGCAGAAGCAUUGACAACCAUUCCACCUGACUUAAACCUGGACAAAGACGAAGUUAUCAUCUCAGUUGGGCUCAAGCUAUCCCCUCCUGGUCUUCAGUUUAAAACUCCGGUGGAAGUCACGGUCUCGCAUAGCGCUAUUUUCACCAACCCAGACAAGGCAGAAAUUGUGCUAUACACCCGAAGGACUGGGUCUGAUGAAUUUUCAAGGAUAGUUCCUGGUUCUGACAAAGCUGCUCGGUGUGUAGUCGCAAAGAAUCACCUUACUCUGUACUUAGAUCAUUUCUCGGAAUGGUGGAUUAUUUCCUUAAUCAGGAGAUACUUCAUCGGUAAACGGCUCAUCUGUACGCCGUACGUUCCCCUGUCAACAUCCAGAGACGUCAUGAACUACAUCUUGCUCAAUAUUAAAGAUGACUUCUACGGCAUGAAAGAGGAUACCAUACGAGACUACAAGGAAGCCUUUCCUGGUGAGCAGUACUGUGUAUAUUGGGGACAAGGAUCCUUAUUUGUCAGACAUCUGGAAAACGAAGACGAAGUGUCAACACAGGAACUUGAAGAAUGUGCUUUCUUCCACAUGACGACCCAUCGGAUGCCGUUCACUCUUCAGCCACGUGAAGCAUCUGAAGUUCCCGUCAAAUUCAUCUUGAAGCAAAAAAUCACGAAGCGUAUCGCCUUCAAAGUACUGUACAACGAUGUGCCGCACGAGAUUCCAAAUGCCAAAUCAACUCCGACAGGAUCUGCAUCGUCCAAAGGCAAAGCUGAAUCACAUGAUGUUGGACGGGGAACAUCCAAAUCAUCUCAGCUCUUCGAAGAGCUGACGAGAAGCGAGCAUCAUGAUCUUGAAACGAUAGGUUCAACAUCACCUGAGCCUGCAGACACUAAAGGUAAGACUAUGGCCCAUCAGGAACGGAAAAAUGACAUUUCCAUACGCGGAAGUAGUCCUACUAAAGUCCUUACAAGACCUAGCCCGUUGACUUCAUCAACAGAGUCACUGUCACGGGAACAUGCCUACCAAGUCACACCUGAUUUGAUAACAGAGACAGGAGUCAUUGGUAAGGAGCUGAAAGAGUCCAUCCAUUCUUUAGAGUCUGCAGCCGAGGGGAAAAUGGGAGCCCCACCAGCAAUUUUGGCAAACAUUGUCCGAGAACUCGUGCCAGUGCUUUCAACAGAUCGGAAUAUGCACCAGCGUUCUGGGAACGUCUAUAUCAACGUCCAAGGGAUGGUCAUCAACAAUCCCCAAGGGAAUAAUCCUCAAGGAAAUACUGUUGCCCAUGCUCCUGUUGCAAUUGCUUCAAUAGUACCUCCUAUGCUACAGCAUGAGCUGCGUUGCCGGUUGAACAGAGAAAGCCCAGUUUUUGAUGACUGGAGGGGUCUUGCCAGUGAGCUGGGACUUGGAGACUACAUACAACAUCUGGAGCAGUGCAAGAAUCCGACUGAAGAACUACUCGUUCUUGCAGAGAGUCAAAAGAAGAUUCAGAACCUUGGGGACUUGUGUAAGGCGUUCGAACGCAUGAAUCGUGGGGAUUGCCAAGAGCUCUGCGAGAACUAUGCGUUUGAGAGAACAAAGUCAGCUGAUCCUCGGAAGGAUCAAAUGGAAUAUGAUGACACUGAUAUCAGUGAUUAGGGAACAGGCUCAAUGUGUUCCACAUCACCCUUUAAUCGAGGGUCUAUGGCUCGUUAUUCAGACAACCUGUGAACAUAGCAUUAUAUGGUUGUUGUAAUCCACCAACUGCCUGUCAUUUGGUUUAAAAAACCACAAGCAUUAGAUUUGCUCGAAAAAUAUAAAGUUAAGAAAAUGUGUACUCUAAGGUUCGUAUUCUCCUGAUCAUUUAAGCCAUAUCUAGGCGGAAAUAUCAUGUUUAAAAUAAAACUUAGAUCUCAGACCAAUUUCCUUUUUGAACCACUGUUUUGACAAAAGUCCAAAUCCAGCGUCGGGUUAAAAUAUUAGAACGAUUCAGGCCUAUAAAAUUGACCAAACAUUGGUUAAAGAGGAAAUAUGCACGUUUGUUGGGUAUAUUACUUCCCAGUAUUGCGUAAACCUUAUUCAAUUUUGAGUACAAUUACCUAGUAUUGUGUACACUUUUACCCUCUUAUAUGCUACGCUUCAUCAAGAUUUUACAGGAACGAGGAAUUGAGAUUUACUCUUGGCAUAUUCAUCGGUUUUAAGAAAGCAAUUUUGCCAUAUUAAUGUGAAUGAAGGAUUGAACAACACAUGGAAAAUUGUAAAAAUAGGUAUAAAGGGUAAACUGAACAUAGCUGGAGAAAAAAAAUUCGAGCGGUUGAUGUUACCACUUAUGAUAGAAAUCUGCCAUGGAAUAGUCAUAUUCGUUAUGUAAAUCAGUGUAUCAGGAUUGCGACAUUUUGUUCCUAGGCGUACUUUGAGAGUAUCCAUUAUCAUAUAAAACGUGGAUAAAACCCAUAGGUGUGGUGAAGCAACAUAAGGUUAGCAUAAUAAGAAGCAUAUUGUAUUCACAGAAAAUAGCAGUUCGUGCUUUUUUCAUUUAGAGAGUGAAUUACUCAUACAGCUCAACUACUUUCAUGUUUGAUCUGUUUAAUAAAAAGUUUGUCUCAUAUGUUGAUAUAUAGUGUAUAGAGUAUAUAUAGAGUAAAGUUACUCCACAAGGCAAACAGAAGGUUAACAAUUACGUCUGCCAAAAUGUAGAACGACACAUGGUCGAUUUCCAUUGUCUCUUGUGGUUAGUUACUUGAUUAAUGUCAGAUUAAGUUACAACACAUUUGUUGAACAAAUCAUGAAUAAAAAAUCCAUGCAAAUAGUCUGUAUGUGUACAACAAUUAUAUUUAGUAUUUUGUAAGACAUUGUUAAAGUUAUAUAUUUUUAUAGUAUUGAUUGCAAUAGUACAUUAAUUUCUUUGUUUGUGUUUUGUUUUAUGAAAGUUACUUGUACAAAAUACAUUGUUGAGCUGUGCAUAAGGCGUUAGGGUCAACUAGCACAUAUGCUUUUAUCCGCCCAUUUUUACCAACCAAUAUUUUCUCUUCUUGUACAUAUAAAUAUGUUUGAAAUAAAUGGUACUUAUUUACUGUUCGUAAAUAAAUCUAUCAAAUACACAAAUCUAAUAAAAAUAAUAAAAUUGGCAAGAUUAUAACCAGAAAAAAAGAUGUACAUGUAUAUGGAAGUGAAUUAACAUCAACUCAAAUCACAUGAAAUUAAAUGAAUUCAACAUUUGAAAGUAUAUAGAAGGAACCCCAGGUGUUAAAUUUAAUAUCUUGUUUAAGAUAAUGAAAACAAUGAGCUCCUGUGGCCAUGAGCAAGGCAAGACCAGUGAUUUUUAUUGCCUUUCAUAUGGAGUAUCCUUUUUUAAUGUCAUUAAAAAACAAAAUAUAUAUAUGAGAGAGACAAAUUCUUUAUAAAAAGAAAGGAAGGAAGAAAUCUGCCAAAUUAAAGGGGAUCCCUCAUAAACAAACUGAACAUUAUUACGUUUUGCGUACUGACAUCCUUCUCAUUCAAACGUUUAUUACAAAGGGGUUCGUCUUUUAUGUUACCUUUAUUCGACGUUUAUUCUUCUUCAUACUUAUCAAACUGUUGAUGUAUACUUUAUGUACAUAUAUAUUUUUAAUUGCAUUGGAUUAAUUGAACUUUUAUGUAUAUCAUGAUGAUAUUCGUUAUAGAUAGGUAUGAUAGGCGCUCCUUUGUUAUAAAGUUCAUCAAUUUUGUGUGAAAGCAAACAAAUAAGAAACUCAUAAUUGCAAAUGUAUAAAUAAAUCGGUCAAAAAAUAAAGCAGUUAUGAUUGUUUGAAAAAUGAUAUCUCUAUAUGCGAAUCUCAAAUUGGCAAUUGGGUCAAUGGAUUGUGAUGUAUUCGUGGACAAUUCUUUCGUUUGUUGUGUACAAAAAGAUCAGUAUUGUCUGUUUUUUCUCCUAGUGCCUUCUUCCAUGGGGCACUCCUACAUACAAUGUAUUAUGGAUAGCAUAUAAUAUUAUAUAUUUUAAAUGAUAUGUGUUUUUAUUUGUGUUUGAAAUAAAUUGAAUCGAAUUAAAUUGAAUCUAAAGUGAAAA